UUAGAGGUUGUCAGCCAAGAGUCUAUCCAUCUGGUCAGGCCAGUGAGCGCACAGUGUCGUUUCCUUGGGAGGAAGACAUUCACAACAGGUGUAUUUAUUCUUACUGUUGCUGUUUAUUUGAAAGCGUGUCGGAGUUCUUGGAGCAGAGCCCUGUUGCUCAGGAGAGGUACAAACAGGAAGGUUACAAGAAGAGAUCCUACAGCUGACUGAUUAGUGAUUCCAGCAGAGGGGUGGAGACUAAAAAUGUCAAAAAUUACUACAGAACUUCUUCUGGAAAGAGCAGUUCCAAGAUCCACGAGGCUCCGAAAGAUCGAGACGCUGAACCUGUCCAAGCUGCAGUUGAAGACUGGAGACUUGGACCCGCGUUUGUUUUCCCGUCUGAGGCAUCUGCAGAAACUAGAUCUCUCUGAUAAUUUACUGGACAAAUUUCCCAACAGUCUAACCCUGCCUGAUCUGCGUGUCCUAAACUGCAACAACAACAAACUGGAAGAUGUAACUGCUCUGAAACAGUUCCCCCUGCUCGAGGAGCUAACCUACGAGAACAAUGUGUACUUGACACUCAACGAUGACUAUAAAGUAAUGUUUCUUUUGCAAAAUCUUCGGCUACUCAAUGGCAAGGAUAUAACCAAACUGGCUAAUCAUGUGAGGCGUGUCAAUAGCCGUAAGCUCACCAGCAAGGUUACUGCUCACUGGGAAAAAUUCUUCCGUGACCAACUUCCUGAGAAAUAUACAGCUGAGCAAGUGAAGUCCAUCAAGAAAAAGUUCCUGAAGUCAGUACAAACCAAUGUGGUAUAUGGACCCAGCUCACUCAGUGAAUUCACCCGCUGGCGGGUGAAAAUGAUCGCAGAAGAGUUUCUGGCAUACUCACUGGGUCUGGAGUUAAACACAGAUCCUGAACCAGAGGAAAAGAUGGAUGAGAAUGAGGAAGAAAGUACAGAAAGCCCCAGGGAAGCUGCAGAGGAUGUGGGUCAGGUCACGGUAACGCCCAGCAAGAGGAAGAGAAAUCAUUCAAAACCAGGCUCUGGAAACAAGAGGUCCAAGUCCCAGGCAAACACCAAGGAGGAGGCUGCGGUUAAUCCCAGAAAGUCCAGUCAUGUGCAGGAUGACCCAGCUCCUGAUAAACCAAGAACAUCGAACGAGCCAGCCAAAGAGGCAAGCCCUGAGCAGGGAGCUGAAGGGACACAUAAGAAUGGAGAGCAGUUUCCCAAGGGGCAAAGCAACAGAAGAUCCAGCCAGCUGACAGGGGAACAGAAAAGCCAGGAGCAGGACAACGGAGUUGUCAGCUUGACCCCAGUGAAGAACUCCAAGGGCAAGGAGGAUGUCAGUGCAGAGCCAUUGCAUUUUCUUCAGUGUCACAGUAAAGGCAACAGCCGCGAGGAUUUUAAAACGCAGCUCUGGUCCUGUGUCUUCGAGCCAUUGCUAGACUGUGGAGCCAGGAAAGAUCCCGUUGUGAGCUCCUCCAGAACUGUGGCAACAUGUGGAGGGGAAUCCAUCUGCCUGAUUGAUUGUGAGACGGGGACGGUGCUGAAAAAGUAUAAGGUGGCUACAGAGGAGUUUUUCAGUGUUGCGUGGACAACCCUCACAAUGGUAAUCAGCAACAGUCGGAAAAAAUCUCAUAAUAUCUUGGCGGCUGCUGGGAGGAGAGGGAUCGUCAAACUGAUUCAUGUGGCAGCUGACUUCUGCUACGGGGAGAUAAAGGCUCAUAAAAAGCCCAUUGCUACUGUCUGCUUCAGCCCAACUCGAGAAACUCACCUCUUCACUGCAUCCUAUGACAAGCGAAUUGCACUCUGGGAUAUUGGGAUUCCAGACUGUGACUACAAUUUCAAAGCAAGCCAGCUGCUGGUGCUGGAAGCGCUCUCCAUUCCCUUACGGAUUGCCCUGGUCCCCACCUGCUCCGAUCAGUACCUGCUGGCUGGCUGUGAAGGCGGCUGCUUUGCCUGGAAUAUAAAACUGGAUAAGGAACAAAAAAGCAGGCCUUUUGAAGCCAUAUUCCAGUUCCCUGAUGAGGAUGGAGGCAUGACAACAUCUCACAGGGUUGACGGUUUGGCUUUUCUGAAUGAUGAUGUCGUCGUUUCCAAGAGCUCCAAACCGGGAUGCAUAUACUUAUGGAGCUGGAGUCGGUCUUUUGACGCAAAGGGGAAAGGAUACCAGCGAACGGUAUCUGCAGUUAUUCUAGCUGAGCUCGAGUGGUCCACGACGGACCUGUCCUACCUGACGCUCAGCACCUGCCCAGCAAAAGACUACGUGUUCUGUGGCGACGAGCAGGGAAGUGUGUGGAUGUACAACCUCUCAAACUACACCACAGCGUGGAGCUCUGCAAAGGGAAAACGCACAGACAAGAGGAUCCCUCCCACACAGAUUCUCAAUUGGCCAGAGCUUCGAGCGAACGGGGAGCAGCUGACUGAAGUCCUAAUAAACAAUGUGGUAUCAGACCCUACUUUUACUUACCUUGUUGUUCUAACUAGUGUGAACAUAACAGCAAUUUGGAAGAAGUCAUAGUUCCUUGUAACAGAGUUUCAUUCCCGUGCUUUGAAAUAGUGCAGUAUUAGUGACUGGUACCCAUGUAACCAUGAAAUUUUCUAAACCAGCUAUUAUGUGCAAGAGAAAAAAAAAAAAAAGGUAAACGAGUUUGUUAAACUCAUCAAGUCAUUGUAAACAUCCGGUUUCUUUUACUGUAACUUUUCACAAUUUGUGCAUUUGUUUUAUAGAAAUGACACGUAAUAAAACAAAAUACCAGUUCA